CUCCGAUGAGGCAUUGAGACCUUCUCUACAUCAUGAUUCAUGUCUCAUGACUAAUGUUCAUAAACAAUUAUCUACAACCGUGGUUUGUACUGUUUGUAGGUUAUAAAGUGAUCAAGACUUCAACACUUCAAGUCUUCAAAUAGUUGAACAAAACAAAUAAAACAAAGUAUAUUUUAGUAAACUCAAAAGUCGGGAUUCAAAUAAGUUAACUAAUCGAUCUGUUAGUUUUUGAAAAAAGUAUUUGUAAAAACGACUGGUCUGAGACUUGAGAAUAUAUUAUACAAUAUGGCGGUUCGUGCACAGUUUGAAAACAACAACGAAAUAGGAGUAUUCAGCAAGUUGACAAAUUCUUAUUGUUUGGUUGGAAUUGGUGCAUCUGAAACGUUUUACAGUGUAUUUGAAUCAGAAUUAUCUGAUAUCAUACCAGUUAUCCAUGCAUCUGUUGCUGGAUGUCGCAUUGUUGGUCGUAUGACCGUUGGCAACAAAAAUGGGUUACUAUUACCUAAUUCUACUACAGACACUGAACUGCAACACAUACGGAACUCGUUACCUGAUAACGUCAAAGUACAACGUGUAGAAGAACGUUUAUCUGCUCUUGGAAAUGUAAUGGUGUGCAAUGAUUAUGUAGCACUAGUUCAUCCUGAUUUAGACAAAGAUACAGAAGAGAUACUUUCAGAUACUUUAAAUGUUGAAGUGUAUAGACAAACUGUAGCAUCCAAUUGUUUAGUAGGUUCAUACUGUGCUAUAUCAAAUCAAGGAGGAUUAGUACAUCCUAAAACCACAGUGGAAGAUCUUGAUGAAUUGUCCGGUCUAAUUCAAGUUCCUCUUGUAGCUGGAACAGUAAACCGUGGUUCAGACGUAAUUGGAGCUGGAAUGGUCGUGAAUGAUUGGUGUGCUGUUUGUGGUACAGAUACUACAUCAACAGAAAUUUCUGUCAUUGACAGUAUAUUUAAAUUAGAUCCAGAUGGUGUACACAAAAUGAAAAAACUUAAAGGUCCACUUAUCGAUAGUAUUAAAGCUUCAUAAUGAUUAUUAAUUAUAAAAUGCACUUUAUGUUUAUACUAUUUAUAUUAUCAAUGUACUUUAUAAUAAAAGGAA